AGUUCGACGAGAUCGCGCCCUGGGAGUUCCAAUACCCAAGAGAUCCUCGACCGGUCUCGCGAAGAAUUAGUUCCGCAUUCAAAAAGUUCUACUUCGACAACCAGCCUGUGAGCAACUACACCGAGGAGCAGCUUGGAUGGUUGUAUGCAGACUCUCCUUAUCAUCUUUUCUGUAUGGCAAGCAGCCCAACUAAUCGCAGAGAAGAGCUCUGCUCCAGUUUACUUCUACAAGUUUGACUUUGAGGGAAGGUACAGCUACCGAUACCGACUUGGCACACAGAUCCCUUACGGUGUUGGACAUCAUGAUGACUUGAUUUAUUUGAUUUACAUUUCACCCUGGUUCCCCCUCUUCAACCAAACCGACCCCGAGGCUUACAUGGUCCACACGAUGACCUCUAUUUAUGCCAACUUCGCACAUUUUGGAGUCCCCACUCUCCCAGACUCCACCACACAAUGGUACCCGAUGACCAAGAACACUCUUCAACACCUGAACAUCGCCAAGCCUCCAACUAUGAAGCCGGGACUUCCCUACCCUGACCGCAUGCAAGUCUGGGACUCUCUGCUGCCCAUAGACGGACCUUACCAUCAGAUCUUCUACUGAUGUUGCUGUUUACUGAUAAGGACGUGAAAAAAAACACAAAUAUUUGUUAUUUAUUUAAUAAUUUUAUUAUUAUUAAAAUGUUUUUAAUAAAUCGUUUCUUUCUAUCAAAC